UAUUUAAUUGACAAUAAAACAUGCAUAAAUAGAUAACUUGCUUCCUUGAAUUUCCUAAAACAUGGAUUCAUUAGUAUUUUUCAUUCUAGCACUAUGUUCACUUUCUUCUACAUCAUUUAUUGAAUCAAGUAAAAUCCAAAAUGGCUUUACCAUUGAUCUUAUACAUCGUGAUUCACCUAAGUCACCUUUUUACAACCCUUCAUUGUCCCAUUUAGAUCUCAUAAGAAAUGCAUAUUUGCGCUCAAAUUCUAUACUAAAUAAAUUAUCCAUUUCUCUUUUAUCAAAUGAUGAAAAAAAUGAAUCACCCGAAUCAAUUAUAUUACCAAAUAAUGGUGAUUAUCUUAUGAGAAUUUUUAUAGGUACACCACCUAUAGAAAAACUUGUUAUUGUUGACACAGGUAGUGAUCUUACUUGGGUACAAUGUGCACCUUGUGUCAAUUGUUUCACUCAAGAUACACCUUUUUAUGAUAGAACAAAAUCUUCCACUUUCUCAAAUGUUUCAUGUGACACACAAUCUUGUACAUUACUUCCUAAAAAACAACAAUUUUGUGGAAAAUUUAAUGAGUGUUUAUACUCAUAUCAUUAUGGUGACAAAUCAUAUACCAUUGGUCAAUUAGGUGUUGAUUCUAUUAGUUUUGGUUCUAAUAGUGUGGUUCAAGGUGUUAAUGAUAAUGUUAAUAAUAUAUCAUUUCCUAAGUCUAUUUUUGGAUGUGGAUAUUACAAUGUUUUUACAGCUGAUAAUAGUGUUAGAACAGCUGGACUUGUUGGUCUAGGAGCUGGUCCAUUGUCACUAGUUUCACAACUAGGUGAUUCUAUUGGUCACAAAUUUUCUUAUUGUUUGGUUUCUUUUACUUCAAAUUCAUCUAGUAAAUUGAAAUUCGGUAACGAAGCAAUUAUAUCGGGUGAUGGAGUUGUGUCUACUCCACUUAUAAUCAAACCUUCUGAACCUACUUUUUACUAUCUCAAUCUUGAAGGUAUCAGUGUUGGACAAAAGACGAUUCAAACAGGUCAAACCAACGGUAACAUGAUCAUUGAUUCAGGGACAACACUGACGUAUCUUGAACAAUCAUUUUUCGAUGAUUUUGUUACUUCGGUGAAGGAAGUUAUUGGUCUUGAAGAAAGGGAAGAUACUCCGUCUCCGUUCCACUAUUGUUUUACAUAUCAUCCGGAUGUCGGUUUUCCUUAUAUUGUGUUGCAUUUUACAGGAGCUAACCUUUCCUUAGAGCCUAAGAACAUGCUUUUGUUGUAUGAGAAUAACUUGGUAUGUUUGGCAGUAGUACCUUCAAAUAUUCAAGGAAUUUCCAUCCUUGGAAAUGUGGCACAAGUUGAUUUUCAAGUGGAGUAUGAUCUUGAAGGGAAAAAACUUUCUUUUGUUCCUAGUAAUUGUGCUAAGAAUUAAUUUAUUCUUAAUCUUUAUAAGGUUAUGCUUUUUUAAUUUGACAUGUUAUGUUUAUUUAGUUUUUAUUUGAAUUUCGGUUACUAAAGUUAUAUCGUAUGAUCAAUUUUAUCAGUUCUAUUUUGUUA